AUGGAACAAGUAAACCAAGUAACAUCUAAUUCAACUGAGAGUGGAUGUAAAAGAGGAAAUUCUAUUAAUGCUAGAAAAGAAAGAGAAUUUAAGAAUCAAUUAGCUUUUCAACACUGUUUAUUAAUUGGUGUAUUAAAUCAAUUUGCUUCAAUUGUUUUAGAAAAACCUGGGAAACAAUCAAAGAUGACAACUACUAUUCCUUUUGUAUUUUCAAUUAUUAUUGAUAAAACGAUUUUAAAUAUUAAAGACUUAGCUGAAUAUCAAUGUAGUUUAAUUAAAAAAGAAGAGACUCAGAAUGGAUUACCAUUUAAAACAGUUAAUAGAAGAUAUAAAAAGAAUAUUUCAGCUACAAUUAUGAAUCUAGUUUAUGAUAUUUGUUAUGAACUUGGUGUUAAUUUCAUUUCAAAAUUAUCGAAACAAUCUAAUAAAUCAGUUCAAAUUGAAAGAAUAGAUAAAAUUUAUUUAAAUGAAAAAGACGUUAUUCCAAAAGAAAAUAUUAUGUCAUUUGGUAGACAAAUUAACUUAUAUCUUCUUUCUCUUCUUUCAAAUAAGAAACAACUAAUUUUAAAAAAAGAAGAUAAGUCUAUUCAAUCGUUACUUGUGCAAUCAAUAAUGUCUUCCUCAAUCAAUUCUCAUUCUUCUCAGAUUCCUUUAACAAUCUCAUCUUCAUUUUAA